GCUUUAGUCUUUAGUCCAUGCAUUCAUUUCGUAAACAACCAUAAAUUCGAUCCUUUCAGUGUUUCAUAAUAAUAAUAAUUAUUCAGUUUUGUCGUUCGCCGUGUGAAAAAGUGCUCCCUCACCGUAAUUUUCGUGUUUUCUAACGUGAUUUUCUUUUCAAUUCUCUCAGUAUGUCUUCACGGAGUCUCUUUUGAUGUCUCUUUUUGUCUCUGUGAUCGUAAACGACCGCAAAUGAAGCACGGCGUGACUUGAGAUGACCGAUCAGGCAAAGCGCGAUUAGAUUAUAAUCCUAACAAUCUAGAAGGAUAUCAUGUCCUCCAGUAGUUCUGUACCUAAGUUUCUUUUAAUAAUAUGCAUUUACUUCACGUUUAAUUUUAAGUGCUGCGAUUUCCUAUCUCAUGUCAAAGAUUUGUCGUCAUGCAGUAAACACAACUCCUUUCGAUGCGAAUCGGGCGAUUGCAUUCCGGCCUCCCAGGAGUGCGAUACAGUUCCUGAUUGUCCAGAUGGUUCAGACGAGCAUACCAGAUGCCCUCCAACACAGUGCACUCAAAGUCAGUUCCAAUGCAUAGAAACGCGUCAUUGUAUUUCCCAAACUUGGAUUUGUGAUGGAGAGCCCGAUUGUGGAGUCACAGAGAAUCAGACUUUGGACACAUCUGAUGAGGACCCCAAUAGAUGUAAUAAAGCUAAAUGUGAUUGGAACUUUGCCCAGUGCGGAAAUUCGUCCGUGUGCCGUCCUAUAGAACUUUUUUGUGAUUCUCAUCCAGACUGUUCAGAUGGCAGUGAUGAAGGUUUAUUUUGCUCAAAUAAAACUGCUUGCAAAGCAUUAAAUUGCUCCCAUGAAUGCCGAAUGACGGGGAAAGAUCUUCCACUGUGUUUUUGCCCGGCGGGUCAACAUGCAGACAAAGACAAUAGAUGCGUUGAUACCGAUGAGUGUCAUAUGAUAGGGUCAUGUGAUCAGCUAUGCUUUAACAAUGCCGGUUCCUACUCUUGUGAUUGUGUCAACGGUUAUGUCAAAGUUGACAGCAAAUCCUGCAAGGCAAUCAAUGUUCCUGCAGAUGAACCAGCCACAAUUAUAUACAGCAGUCCAAAUGUUAUGCAACGGAUUUUUCUCAACGGCACAGUUUAUCCUGGCAACAGUACGAUAUCACGUCUUCAAACUUUUGCGCUAGAAUUUAAUCACAAAAAUAGGACAGCCUGUUACAUCCCUCACAAAGUGUUUGCCGCCGCCAACUUAACUUGUGCCAACAUUGACAAUCUACAGGAAACGUGGGUUUUACCGCAACCAUCCAUGUUCCCUCUCAGUUCUAUGAUUCACAUUGCCUUGGACUGGGUGUCAGGAAAUUGGUACUUUCUUGAUGACUUUCGGGAGUUAAUAUACUUGUGCACAGCAAAAAUGGAAUACUGUAAGAUACUAAUCGAUGUCAAUUUAGGCAAACCUAGAGGAAUAGCAUUGGAUCCAACGAAAGGGUUGAUGUUUUUCACAAGAUGGGGCUCUGCUCGCGCCAUGUUAGAGCGCUCUAAAAUGGAUGGCUCAAACAGACAGAAACUAAUAGACAAUAAAAUUGUGUAUCCGUACGGUGUGACAGUUGACUUUCCCUCACAGCAUGUUUACUGGGUGGACACCUACUUAGAUUUCGUUGAAAGAAUUGAUUAUGACGGGAAAAACCGAAGGACCAUUGCCAAAGGUUUCCCGGUUCAAAAUUUGUAUGAUGUCACAGUUUUUGAAAAUAAUCUAUUUGUGACUAGUUGGCGCAACGAAACUAUUUUACGACUUAAUAAGUUUAAAUCAAAUGAUCAUGGAAUGCUUAUUAAUUCUAGUCGACCGUUUGCCAUUCGUGUCUUUCAUCAACAGCGUCAACCUGAAGUUGAUCAUCCUUGUGCCAAAAACAAUGGUGGCUGUGAGCAAAUCUGUAUCCCAUUGUACAAUCCUAUCAAAAACUCAACAAGCCUCAGACCUGUAGCUCAUUGUAUGUGUCAACCAGGCUACAAGCUAGUACUUUAUCAUCAAUGUAGAUCAACUGAAAAGUCAUCAUUUUUACUCUAUGGAACGGGUAAACCCGCCAUGAUCAGAGGAAUCUCAACAAGUCUUAAAGAGACCCCUGAAGAUGUUAUUUUUCCAAUCACUGACCUCAGUCGCCCAACUGCUCUUGAUUACGAUGUGCAGGAUCAAUAUAUUUAUUAUUCAGAUGCCUCAAAGUUUCGAAUCGAGAGACGAAAAAUCGGCGGAGGAUCAAAGAAGGUAUUCAUCAGUGCUGGGAUUAACAACUGUGAAGGUCUUGCUGUCGAUUGGAUCGGAAGAAAUCUUUAUUGGACAGAUGAAGGUCUUGGAACAAUAAGCGUUGCCAAGUUGAGCGAUCCAACAAUUCGUCGAAUUCUCAUACAUGAUAGUAAAAUUCAUCCAAGGUCCAUCGUUCUUAAUGCCAGAUCUGGCUACAUGUACUGGUCAGACUGGUCAAGCAACGGGCGAAUCGAGAAAGCUCACAUGGAUGGUCGAAUGCGGACUGAUUUUGUUGUUGGAGCCCUACAGUGGCCAAAUGGUUUAACCAUCGAUUAUCAGACAACCAGGCUUUACUGGUGUGAUGCGUAUCUAGACAAAAUUGAACAUAUCAAUUUAGAUGGAACCAAAAGACAGACUGUUCUCAGUGGUAGUGGUGAAAAACUAGGAAGUCCCUAUGGUUUGGCUAUUUUUGAACGCACUUUAAUCUGGACAGAAUCACAGAAAGGAACCGUCCAAGCACUCAACCUGAUGAGUAAUUCUUCAAAAGCAUUAGUCCUUAGUGUUGAAAAUCCACCCUUAUUUGAAAUUAAGGUCUUUGAUGAGUCCUCCCAAUUAGGCAGUAGCACGAAAGCUUGCUACAAUGGAUCUCAUCCUAAAUGUGAGCAACUAUGCCUGGUGACUCCUGGAGAUCCUAUCUGUGCUUGCAAAGAAGGCUCUGCAUCACCAAGUAACAACAAUACUAGUUGUCAAAAAGAAUUCAAUGUGACUGCAUCAUCUGACUGUGGUCCCAAUUUAUUUCAGUGUCGCAAUCUAGAUUGUUUGAAAAAGGAAUUUGUAUGCGAUGGGGAUGAUGAUUGUGGAGAUGGAUCAGACGAAGAUGAAACCUGUGCUCAUUUUGAGUGUGAACAGAACCAGUUCAGAUGUGACAAAUACAGAUGUAUACCAAAGAGGUGGGUCUGCGAUGAAGAUGAAGACUGCAUAGAUGGUAGCGAUGAAGCAGAAAAUUGCCCUAAGGAGACAUGUCAAGCACCCAUGUUUACGUGUGCUGUCACGAAUCGCUGCAUACCUCAAGUGUGGGUCUGUGACGGUGAAAAUGAUUGUGGAGCAGGUGAUACUUCAGAUGAAGAUCCCACCAAGUGUAAUUUCAAAGAGUGCCUACCAACAGAAUUUGAAUGCGGCAAUAAACAUUGCAUUCCAUCUGACUUUUUUUGUGAUGGUGAUGAUGACUGCAGAGAUGGUUCCGAUGAAGUAGACUGCAAUAGUUCAUGCAAUAAAACCGAGUUUUAUUGUUCUAAGGAUGCUAUUUGUAUAUCUCAGUCUCGAAAAUGUGAUGGCACAAAUGACUGCAGUGAUGGACUCGAUGAGCUCAAAUGUAACAACACAAAUCGAACAAAUCAGACAACUCUAAAUAAAAAUUACGAUUACGUUAAAACUUGUGAAAACUUAGAAUUCCUGUGUGGGGGAGAAACAAGAGAGUGCAUCAGGAAAAAAUUAGUGUGUGAUGGGAAAGAAGACUGUUUAGAUGGCUCAGAUGAAGCACAUUGUGAUGUUGAGAACUGUACUUCUGGUCGCUGCAGUAGCCACAAGCCUACUACCUUACGACCGAAAAUGGCAACUACACUAUCUCCAUCAAUAACUUGCGAAUAUCCAAGCAGACUGUGCGACAAUAAUACAAAAUGUGUGGAAGUAUUCCAGCUCUGUGAUGAACAUUACAACUGUGAUGAUCACUCAGAUGAAGGGGGAUUCUGCAGUCAGCACCGCUGUCUGUAUCAAGAUAAAUGUUCUCAUUUUUGCCAUAACACUCCUGACGGCUUCAUUUGCACUUGUCCGCCCACCCUACACCUUCACCCAAAUCGACUGAACUGCACAGAAAUGAAUCCUUGUACAAUGUGGGGCACAUGUUCUCAAUCCUGUGAAUAUUAUAACAAAUACAUGUAUAAAUGCUCUUGUGAGCCUGGUUAUCAACUCCUCAGUGAUCACUUCAGUUGUAAAAGCACAGAAAGUGCCACUCCCAUGGUCAUGUUUAGCAAUCGGCAUGAAAUACGAGGUGUUGAUCUGCACACUUUGAACGUCAAGGCCUUGAUCACAAGUCUUAAAAACACCAUCGCAGUUGAUUUUUAUUACACACCAGAGCAACCUGAUUACACAAUAUUUUGGACAGACGUUGUGGAUGACAAAAUCUUUAGAGGCACUUUGAUCGGUGGCUCCAUGAGCAAUAUAGAAGUUGUAGUGCAAACUGGCCUCCAGACUGCAGAGGGUCUAGCUGUAGAUUGGAUUGGCCAAAAUCUGUAUUGGGUGGAGAGUAAUCUAGAUCAGAUUGAAGUGGCUAAAUUAAACGGUAGUUUUCGGCGCACCCUCAUUGCUGGAGAUAUGGAAAGUCCCAGAGCAAUCGCUUUAGAUCCUCGUGUUGGAUGGUUGUUUUGGACGGAUUGGGAUGAUAAUGCCCCUCGUAUUGAGAGAUGCAGCAUGGCAGGUGAAUAUCGGAGCAUCAUUGUUCAAGUAGACAAAGUAGGUGGUGGACUGUGGCCAAAUGGACUGACAUUGGACUACAUGUUAAAGCGAGUAUAUUGGAUCGAUGCCAAGUCAGACUCGAUACAAACAGUUAAUUAUGAUGGAUCAGAUUUUCGAGAGGUUAUGAAAGGUCAUGAGACAUUAACUCACCCAUUUGCCAUCUCUCUCUUCGACAAUUACGUAUAUUGGACAGAUUGGCGAACUAAUUCAGUCAUACGUUCUAAUAAAUGGAAUGGAUCAGAUGUGUUUGUUAUUCAAAGGACCCUCACACAACCCUUUGAUAUCAAAGUCCUUCAUCCCACGCGUCAACCCAGAGGUGCAUCAAAUCCAUGUGAAAAAGACAAUGGCGGCUGUUCUCAUUUGUGUCUUUUAAGCAUCAAUGGAACUCACAAGUGUGAAUGUCCCCAUGUGAUGAAGCUCACAAAGAAUAACAAAUGCGUCCUCCAUGAGAAAGUGCUUUUGAUAGCGAAAGACAAAGAAAUUCGGGGAGUUGAUUUGGAUCAGCCGUACCAUCAUAUCAUCCCCAUAAUUAGUAACCGUGUCCUGGCUCCAGCGCAAGUUGAUUUUCUUGCAAGUAAAAAACUCAUUUUCUGGACAGACAUUCAGCUUGAUGAAAUUAGAAGAAUAGAUCUCACCGGAGGAAAUGCACAGAUAGUUGCAAAUAGGGGUGUCCACUAUCCCAUUGGCUUCGCAGUAGACUGGAUCAAUGAUAAUCUCUAUGUGACCUCUGCCUCACGGGGAAGAAGUAUUUUAGCAUGCAACUACCGUGGAGAGUUUUGGACCACAAUUUGGUCUGGUUGCGCCUCCAAUGCUACUGACUGUAAGACCUUUGACUUCCAAUCCCUGGCUGUUGAUCCACCCAAUGGACUAAUGUAUUGGAGUUACGCUACUGGCCGUGAGGCCCAUUUCAUCCGAACUGCAAGAAUGGAUGGUUCCAAACCUGAAAUUCUUUUAAGCCAAAGUGAACAUCCUGAAUUUGCUGGUGCACUGAGUCUAACUGUUUACGGUGAUUAUUUGUAUUGGACGGUUACAAGAGUGCUUGUGCCACAAAGCAUGAUUCAGUGUAUCAAUGUUAAGACAAAAAUUCCAAGCACUGCUUUUAUGGGGUCAAGCACGUUUAGCAUAAGCGCUAUCACGGUUUAUGAUGAUUUUCUCUAUUUCACGAAUCAAAGCAAUGAUGCAAUUCAUUAUUUUCCCAUACAUAAUACCAGUAUAUCUAGUGUCCACACAUUGCGCAAUAGCUCAGGGAUGGUGAUGGCGCUGCGUGUUUAUGAUCCGGAUACUCAAAGUAAUGGAACUUCCAUAUGUAAAAGCAAGGGAUGUGACCAUUUAUGCCUCCCAACUUCUGCCACAACAGCAACAUGUAAAUGUGCAAUUGGCUUCACCGCAAAAGAUGAACAUGAAUGCAUAGGCUCCGAUGAGUUUUUGAUUUAUUUCUCCGAGUCAGAAUUUAAAGGUUUUGAUUUAAAUAACAAUUCCUCCAAUAUUUUGAUACCCAUUUCUCAAGUUCCAUCUGCAGCCCGAAUGGACUUUUAUGCCUCUGGCUGUGGUUAUAUAUUUUGGGCAGACGUUGAAACAGGUAACAUCAUGAAAAUUUGCAAAUCUGGCCCCCAACGAAAAUCUGUUAUCUCUCAGCAUGAAUCGGUUGAACCUACUCAUCCUCAUGAAGGCACCGCUACAGAGACAGUCGGCGACAUUGCUGUUGACUGGAUUGCAGGUAAUUUGUAUUGGACAAAACCAAGUUUGGAUGUCAUAGAAGUUGCUCGACUUGACGGAUCUCUCAGAUAUGUAGUGUUGUCUGAAAACAUGGGCAGACCCCAUGCAAUAGCUGUUGACCCAACUGUUGGUUAUUUGUUCUGGAGUGAAACAGGAGACCACAAAAUUUGUCGCUCUGGCCUAGAUGGGUCAAAUCGCAAGACACUGAUAACAAGUCCUCCUGCUGUCUUCGCUGAUAUUACUUUGGAUCGUGAGAAUAAAUUGCUCUACUGGAUCGACUCGCUCUCCAACUCCAUCGGUGUGAUGGAUUAUGAAGGUGGACAAAUAUUGCAACUGAAUCAUACAUUUGGCUCUCUAGAGUCUCUAGCUUAUCAUGAUAAGAAGUUAUACCUGACUGAGAAAACCUUGAAAAAGGGUAGCCUUCAUAUAGCAUCCGUGGCAAAUUUAUCCAAUUCUAAGAUUUUCAUUCAAAACAUGGACACGGGAGUAUCAAGGGAUGAUGUUAUUAUCUACUCAAAAAGCUCACAAAAAAGCAGUAGCACGAAUCCAUGCGCAGAAGCCAACGGGGGCUGUGAGAAGCUAUGUCUGUUUAAUGGUACUCAUCCUGUAUGUGCUUGUUCUCAUGGCAUCUUGAAGUCAGAUGGGAAAUCUUGCGAAGACUAUGAUAAAUUUAUUAUGUACUCAAAAAUUACGAAGAUCGAAAGUUUGCACAUGACUAAUCCUUCCAAUCCAAAUGUGCCUUUCCCGCCAAUUGAAAACAAAGAUUUCCUGCGAAAUUCUAUUGGCCUUGCCCAUAACUAUAGAGAAUCCCUAUUGUAUUACUCUGAUAUUCAGAAAGGUUCUAUAAAUUCAGUUCAUUUCAAUGGAACUGACCACAAAAUUAUUGUUGAUCGAUUGGGGUCUGUAGAAGGAUUGGACUAUGAUGAUCUCAAAAAUGUACUUUACUUUACCUGCAACAAUGAUGCAACCCUAAGCAAAAUUAACCUCACUGACACCAAACCAAAACCGCAAGUCAUCAUCAGAUUGAAACCUAACGAUAAACCACGUGGAAUUGUUGUUGAUAGCUGUGAAUCUCGAUUGUAUUGGACAAACUGGAAUUCUCAUGAGCCCUCUAUUCAUCGCUCCUUCGGACCUCGCUUUCAUCAUGAAAAAAUUAUUACAACAGAUAUCAGGAUGCCCAAUGGAAUAACAUUGGAUCGUGCAGCACUAAAACUUUACUGGAGUGAUGCUAGGCUUGACAAAAUUGAGCGUUGCGAAUACGAUGGAUCAAACCGAAUCAUCCUCUCCAUGAUCAAACCCCAACACUCUUUUGAUUUAGCAGUUUAUGGGGAUUUCUUAUUCUGGACCGACUGGGUCAUGCAUGCAGUGAUUCGUGUUGAUAAAUUCACCGGAGAGGAAAUGAAAGUACUCAAAAAGGGCAUUCCGAGGCCGAUGGGUAUAGUAGCAAUCGCAAACGACACAAAUAUGUGUUUUGAUAACCCAUGUCACAAACAAAAUGGAGGCUGUCAAGAUAUAUGUAGAUUCGACGCAAGAGGGCGUAAGCAAUGCGCUUGUUCAGAGGGUCAGAUCUUGAAUACAGAUGGCUACUCCUGUUUUCGACCAAUCAAGGAGGUCAAAUGUGGUCCGCAGGAAUUUCGAUGUUCCGCUUUUAAAUGUAUACCAUCGAGCCUGCUUUGCGAUGGGAUCCCUCAUUGCGCUGAUUCAUCCGAUGAGCUUCCCCACCUGUGCGACCCUCGAACUCGUCCUGGUGAGAACUCAAAGUGGUCCUGUGGUUCAAGUUAUUUCCGGUGCAAAAAUGGAAGAUGUGUUUUGCGAUCUAAGCAGUGUGAUGGAAUUAAUGAUUGUGGGGACCAUAGUGAUGAGCUGAAUUGUACCAAUAUCGAAAAUGAUAAAUUCAAAUGUAAAGUUGGACCCUAUGUGCCCAAAAAUCUUCUAUGUAAUCAUGAGCCAGAUUGCCUUGAUGCAUCUGACGAAAUGAAUUGUCCUAAACGUAACUGCAGUGGUGGAAUUCCUGGUGCCCCUGAAGCCACAGAAAAUUGCCCUUUCACAACUGCAUGUAUGUCUCCAAAAUGGAAAUGUGAUGGAGAAAAUGACUGUUGGGAUAAUAGCGAUGAACGAGGCUGCAACUUUACUAAAGUGACAGAAUGUACUGAAGAAGAAUUCAGAUGUGACAACGGAAUUUGUAUAAAAAAAUCUUGGCGCUGUGAUUUUGACGAUGAUUGUAAUGAUGGAAUUGGCGGCUCCACUAGCUCAGAUGAGCGUAACUGUGAAUUCAAGUGUAGAUCAGACCAAUUUCGAUGCAAUGACUCCUCUUGUAUUCCGUAUCUGUGGCAGUGUGAUGGAAAGAAAGAUUGUCCAGAUGGACUGGAUGAAUCAGAGACUUGCAAAAGUCGUAAUUGUACCGAAAGUGAACACAAAUGCAACUCUGGACGGUGUAUUCCAAAUGCUUGGGUGUGCGACAAGGAUGAUGAUUGUGGUGAUAACUCAGAUGAACACCCAGAUCUCGGAUGUUUAUCUCAUACAUCGUCAGAGUGUCAGCCAAAUAACUUCGCUUGCAACAAUACGAAGUGCAUCUUAAUGGAGUAUUACUGUGAUGGAGAGGAUGAUUGUGGAGACAAAUCUGAUGAGCCGCCAGACUGUCGAGACUCCUUCUGCCCGCCCGAUUCUCAUUUCUUUUGUCAUAACCGCAAAUGUAUUUCUGCUGACCUAAAAUGCAACGGUGUCAAUGAUUGUGGUGAUAAUUCUGAUGAAGAUUUGGAGACUAAAGAUUGCAGACGCCUUUCAAAAGACACUUGCACUGGACCUGACUUAUUCCUUUGUAAUAAUGGAAUUUGUCUUAACGAGGAACUUGUAUGCGAUGGUGAAAACAACUGCGGAGAUUUCAGCGAUGAAGAAGGCUGCGGUAUCGAUAAGUGUAAGGACAAUCCAUGCGCUCAUAUUUGUAUCAACAAGAAAAAUAGAGUUGAGUGUGCGUGUAAACCUGGCUACGGAACACACCCAAUUUCCCCGUACUAUUGCCUAGAUAUUGACGAAUGCACGGACCCUCUAGUCACUAAGCCGUGCUCUCAGCAUUGUCGCAACGUAAUCGGAUCUUAUGUUUGUUCAUGUGCAGACGGAUAUAUUUUAAGACCUGAUCGCCAUACAUGCAAAGCAAACUCAUCUGUUCCUGCCUCAAUAAUAUUCACUAAUAAAUAUUAUAUUCGGCAAGUGCCUUUGGAGAACAUGAACAAGAGCACCGAAAUUCUUGUGGAUAACCUCACUCACGCGGUUGGCCUAGACUUCGAUUGGGAGACGCAGUGUUUGUACUGGUCAGAUGCUGAGCACACUGGCUCUAUCCAAAAACUUUGUUUAGGCUCAGGAUCUAAGCCGCAGGUGCUAGCAACUUUUUCAAGCCCAGAUGGUUUAGCAGUCGAUUGGGUUGGCCGAAAUCUGUACUGGUGUGAUAGAGAAUUGAACACAAUUGAAGUCUCAAAGCUUGAUGGGAAGUUUAGACGGAUUUUGAUCCAUAAGAACCUCUCCGAACCGCGAGCUAUCGCCCUUCACCCUAAAAUAGGUCAUAUGUUCUGGACUGACUGGGGAGAAAAAGCGCACAUCGGGAAAGCUACUAUGAGUGGUGGUAAUCCCCGAAUGAUCGUCACUCACAAUGUCGGUUGGCCAAAUGCGCUCACAAUUUCAUUCGAGACAGAUGAGAUUUUCUGGGCAGAUGCUAGGGAAGAUUACAUUGCGGUUGCAAAUCUUGAUGGUCAAAAUGUGAGAAUAGUGCACAGUCGAGAGAAAAAUCAAUUUUUGUCUUUGCACCACGUGUUUUCCAUUGCUGUAUUUGAAGACUACAUUUAUUGGUCUGAUUGGGAAACUAAAUCUAUCGAACGGUGUUACAAAUAUGGAGGCAGCAAUUGUACUUCAGUGGGUAAAUUCAUCCAUCGUCCUAUGAGCAUCUCUGUUUUCCAUCCAAUGAAACAACCGAAACUCGAGCCAAAUCCAUGCGAGAAGAGCAACUGUAGCUUCUUGUGCCUCUUGACGGCAGACAGUGAAGGCACCGUCGGCCACACUUGCGUUUGUCCUGCAAAUUUUAUUCCGUCUGCAGAUGGCAAAGGGUGCUCUGCGAAUUGCAGCUCUGCUCACUUUGUCUGUCACAAUACGUACAAGUGCAUUCCAUUUUGGUGGAAAUGUGAUGGACAGGACGACUGUGGAGAUGGAUCUGAUGAGCCACCAUCAUGCCCCGAAUUUAAGUGCUUAUCUGGUCAGUAUCAAUGCGAAAAUGGUAAUUGCACUCAUCCAAGUCAUAUCUGCGAUGGAACUCCCGAGUGCUCAGAUGGAUCAGAUGAACGCAACUGCGAUGAAUAUACUUGUUUCACCGAUUAUUUCAAAUGCAAAGGAAAUGGGACUGUCUCUUCCUUCUGCAUUCCUGAUAGCAAACGAUGUAACAAGAAAGUGGACUGCCCGUUGGGUGAAGAUGAACUUGGUUGUGAAGCUAAAACUUGCGAACCUAAAGAAUUCUUGUGUGAGUCUGGAGCAUGUAUCUUUGCCCUUCAUGUAUGUGAUGGAGAUUUCGAUUGUGGAGUUGAUGGAGAUGAAAGUGAUGAAGUUUCUGAGAUGUGCGCUCGACGCAAUUGCACGGAUGAAUAUCACCGCUGUUCAUCAGGGCGUUGCAUACCUAAGUCUUGGUUCUGUGAUGGUGAUAAAGACUGUCCUGAUGCUGAAGAUGAGCCUCCCUCGUGCGCUGAUCCACUAAUCCAUCCUUGUGAACCAACAUAUUUCAGAUGCGAAAAUAAUAACAAGUGCAUUCCUGGAAGGUAUACUUGUGACUCCGUGGACGACUGCGGUGACUUAUCUGAUGAAAGAAAUUGCACAGAACGCGAGUGUUCAGAGUCUGAAUUCAGGUGCGUGUCGGAUGGUAGAUGCCUGCACAAAGUUUUCAGAUGCGAUGGGGAUAAGGAUUGUAAAGAUGGAAGUGAUGAAGAUCAUUGCAACACUACAUGCUCCGCUGAUGAGUUUCAGUGUCAUAACCCACCCCACUGUGUUCCCCUCGAAUGGCGCUGUGAUGAUGAAAUUGAUUGUUUGGACCAAAGUGAUGAAAAGAAUUGCUCAUCUUCUUGCGGCGCAGGAAAGUUCAUGUGUCGGGAUCGCACAUGUAUUCCACUGCGGUGGCGUUGUGAUACAAAUAAUGAUUGCUCUGAUGGAAGUGACGAAACAGUAGCUCUCUGCUCUACAAUUAAAUGCCCUGAAGAUUGGUUCAGGUGUGAUAGUCAUCAGUGUAUUCCAAAUAGUACAGUUUGUGAUGGCGAUCCCGACUGUGAGGACAAAUCGGAUGAACUACACUGUGGCUCUUCAAAAACUUCUCAGCAAUGUCCUGUGGAUGCAUUCAAAUGUAACAACGGGCUAUGUUUGACAAAUGAAACUCUGAGAUGCAAUGAAAUUGAUGAUUGUGGGGAUAAUUCUGAUGAAAUCAAUUGUACCCAUGGAGAAUGCAAGUUUGGACUCUGCUCUCAGGUCUGUUAUGUCAAAAAGCCUGGUCAGGUCUUUUGUAUGUGCCAGGAAGGUUACAGGCGAUUCGAAAAUAGUUGCGACGUUGUCUUACAUCCUGUUCUACUGGUGGCAGGCGAGAAAGCUUUGCGCAUUUUUGAUGUGAAAGAAAAACACAUCUUUGAAACUGACAAAGUUCUAACUACUCAUGCUCAAAAAAUAAAUUCCGUGGAUGUGCUUCGGCUACCAGGGAGCGCUCAUGCAAUUUGGUCAGACAAACAUUCUAAGACCCUACAUAAAUAUACCUUUGAGUCAUCUCCUCCCAAUGUAACACUCGUCUCCAAACCAGAAAAUCCUUCAAAACUAGUCGUCGCUGAUAUGUCUAAUCCGCGGAGCAUAGCCUUCGACUGGAUAGGAAUACGUCUGUACUGGAUUGAAUCUGGUCAUAAUUCAAUUAAAGCCUCAGACCUUGAUAGAAAUCGAUCAGUCACCCUGUUAACCAAUAGCUCUUCCAGACCCUAUGAUUUAGUCGUCUAUUCGCCUCUUGGGAAAAUGAUGUGGACUGACUGUGGAAUUAAUCCAAAAGUAGUAGUAGCCGCAAUGAAUGGCAGCAACCCUACAUCUUUGGUUGAAACAUCCCUCAAGUGGCCUACUGGUAUCGCUUAUGAUCCUCCAAGCGAGCGAAUAUAUUGGGCCGACUCCAAAAGUCAAACCAUUGAAUGUAUUCGAAUAGAUGGAAGGGACAGAAGACUCAUUGCCAAGUUCAGCAAUGAUACAAAACCGUUUAAGAUUGACGUAUUCUUGGACGAUCUUUUUGUGGUGUUUUAUUUUUCAACAUCAGUAACCCGUAUGAGCAAGUUUGGGGAUCACAUUGUCUCAGAUCAGUUCAGAAUGAACGCAAGUAUCAUUGCUGAAGGACUUGAUCCAAUUCUGGACAUAGCUAUUUUUCAUGAGAACAAGCAAGGUUUUCCUGAGAGUAUGGUGAACCCAUGCGCGAAUUCAGCUUGUCACCCAAGCGCCAUCUGCCUCAUUACGCAAGCUGCAUUGGACGAUGUCCCUAAUUCAAAAUUUAAUAUAAAAGCAUCUUGUCACUGUCCUGAUGAUUUCAAAGCGGCUAAUCAUCCCAUGAAUCCACGGGAAGUUCAGUGUAUUCCAAAAGAUGAAGGAGUUGAUCUCUGCUCUCAAAUUAAGUGUGUGAGAGGCACAUGCAAUGUCACCAACAACAAGCCUCAUUGCGUCUGCGAAGAUAUGUAUACUGGUGACCGAUGUGAUGUGUACAUUUGCUCGCAACAUUGUCACAAUAGAGGCGACUGUUACCUUGCGAUGCCGUUCCGCCUGAUAAAGUGUAAUUGUCAACCUGAAUGGACUGGUCCAACCUGCGAAACUCCAAAUCAUGGCUGUUUGACGCCUUGUGUGAAUGGUGGCUCUUGUCUCAAUCCAGAGUACAGUGGUUAUGGUCAAUGUGCUUGUCUUCCCGAAUUCACUGGUCAACACUGUGAAAAUUGUAUCUCCCACAUGUGUCAAAAUGGAGGCACUUGCUCUGUGGUUAACGGCUCAAAACAUUGCACAUGCCCUCCAGGCUAUUCAGGAAAAUAUUGUGAAAGUUUUGAUUGUACUGAUUACUGCAUUAAUGGAAACUGUUCGCUACAAAAUAAUGUGCCUACUUGCAACUGCUAUCCUAAUUAUGGAGGUAAAAGGUGCGACAAGGAUAUUUGUGAAGAUCUUUGUCAAAAUGGAGGAACCUGCAAAUACUCUGCAAAGUCUCAAUUUUGUGAAUGCGCUCCCGGUUUCACCGGACGACGCUGUGAGACGAAACUGUGUGUGGAUUGUGUGUGUGACCCGCGCUACAGAUGCGAGUGCCCACCUCAUUGUAAUACAACAACGCCCCAGCAACCAGCUCAAGUUUGCAGUCCUGAUUACUGUCUUUAUGGAGGAACCUGCUAUACUAUCAGUCAGAAACCUGUAUGCAAAUGUGUAUCACAUUGGAUUGGUGAAAGAUGUGAUAUAUUUUCUUCUAAUGCAAGUGUUUGCGAAGACGUGUGUGAAAAUGACGGAAUCUGCACACUAAUUCCUCCUAAUAGUCCAGUAUGCACUUGCCUUCCUGGCUGGACAGGCUCGACUUGUGGAAAUCACAUAUCUUGUCUGUCAUUUUGUUUCCAUCAAGGGACGUGCUACCCGUCAACAGAGCCGGAUAUGGAUCCAACCUGCUCCUGCCCCCCUGGUUAUGCAGGUUUACGAUGUCAAACAAAAUUACAGAGCCGACUGCCUUCCUCUUUGAAGAAAGGAGGAUCAUCUGUUGAAUUUUGGGUCUAUUUAUUACUACUGGUGGUAAUAAUCAGUAUAGCGUCCAUUUAUUUAAUCAUUUUCUUCCGGAAAAGAAGUGCUGGUUUUGUUCACAUGAGAAUGCCAGAAAGUAUUGAAAUCACAAACCCAAUGUACCUGAGAGAAGAUGUUGAUGAUGAAGGUGAAACAUUAGAGAGAAGUUUUGCAAAUGAUUUAUUGAAGACAAGCAAUUUUGGCAAUCCUGUCUACGAAUCCAUGUACAGCGAUGCAAAAGAACGGGAUGGGCUUGGUGCUGUAGAAGAAAAGAAAGGUUUGCUUCAAGGGAAUGGUGCUCCUGAUAAAAGUCAUCCUCUAGCUGAUAGCCAAGAGACACUCUAGAGCAAUUGAAACCAAGAGAGACUGAUUUCUCUCAUAUCAACUUCAUAAUUGGUCAAUUUUUUGUCUCAUAGAAUUUAUUCUCUAGUCAGAAAAGUUAGCUACGUUUGUCUGCCAGUACCAGAGGCUUUCUAAUCAAUUGGAUCAAAAUGCUGUAAGCAUAUGUCUAGUAAGCUUUUAUCUUAUUUUCUCAAUAGCAUCAAGUAGUUGCUCUGAGUAGGGCUGAAUUAGUAUAUGACGAGUUACCCAAGAGACUUCAGUAUUGUGUAACACACUUAUUCUGUUUCCUCUCCCUACCUCCUUCUUGUAAGGCACUCAAACUAUACAUCUUAGCCUCCCCUCGUGACUUACUUAUUGUUGAGCAUAACUCAGCUCUUUAAUGUUUAUUAGCAAAUAAUAGUUAUUUCUAAAAAGACCAUAGGUACGGUUUUAUAAAGAUUGAGACUGAAAACAAAGGAAUAUGGUGCUACUUAAACUUCCCUUUUAUACUGUUUGAUAUUCUCUAUUCCAAGCACUAUGAGUCUCAAAACUCGAAUUUUCUCUGUUCUGUGUCAAAAAGAGGGCUGAGAACAGAUUUUUUUAAUGUUUUCUCUUGUGUUUUCCGGUUGACAUUUUGUAACACUGUCAGAAUGUCAAUCAAACCGAACCUCUUCUUCCUUACUGGUAAGAGACCAUAACGACAUCAAAAACAUAGCCUCUUUAGAUUUUGGUUUCAAAUCUUUCCGGACUCAAAGGAAGCAAUAUAUUUAGAUGUGAAAUGGGUUGUAGAAAAGCCGAAAAAUUCACAUUUUGGUUCAUUGAAAGUUUCUUUUUAGAAGCUUAUCAUGCUUAAAAGGUCAUGAGGAACAUCGUAUUUAACAAAUAAUUACAUUUCUGCGCUUCCAUUGAAUCAUUCUACAAAUUCAGACCUCAGCUUCCUUCUCUCCUCAUAAAUCAUUAUAAAAGGGGUUCAGACCUUGCCUCCUCUCAAGUGUGUUUCAUAAUAUCUGAGCACUCUCCGAUUGGGUGGUGUUUAUUUGGAAGUAACCAACUUCUUUGCUUGUUUUUCCGCUAUUGAUUUCUUGUCCAGAAAAUUACUCUCACGAACAAGUUAAAGAAUUUGGUUCCUUAUUGUUAAACGUUGUCAUAAUACUUCCUCAGGUCGUAUACCCGAGCACUCUACCCUUGUUGUUCCGAUAACCCCAAAUUAAGAAUGCCGAAAACUGGCCUGUUCACCACUUUUCAUGAAGGUUGCUCAACCAGACUGGGAUGUUCUCAGCCAUAAAGUGAUUUUAAAUAAUUGAUCCUAGAGUGUAUGGACCAGUUUUAUGAAUUUCAAUGUGAGAUAAUGUGCCAAUUUUACUUGAUUCUUUGUGAAUGGUUAAUCUAUGAGAGCCUUUUUUAUUUCUGUUCGCAUUUGUAUGUCUUUUAUUCUGUAUUUGAUAUGUGUAACUUUUUCUACUCCAAGUUAAUUUAAGGAUACUAGGGGAUUUGGGUACCAUAAUAAUUAUUGAUAUUCAUGAAUAUAUUUCGGAAUAUAUGAUUGACCUGUAGCUUUUAUCGUAUGAUCCUGUCAAACUGUCGAUCUUGCAGUGUUGCCAACUUUAGAUAGGUAAUGAGGGUUCAUGUUUCGUUCUCUGAAUUACUCAUGUGAAGAAUUCAACUGAAAUAUCCUGAUCAGUAUCACUCUUAUUUUACUUUUUUUUAAAAAAAACUUGAAUCCUCUUUACCGGUAAAAACGCUGUAACGAUACUGACUUUUUCAAUGAUCAAAAGGGAUAUUUUUAAGAAAAAUUCUCCUCUCAAAAACCAUGUUCACUAAAGAAUCAAAUAAUGAUCUGUUAAAUUUAUAAAUUACUCAAGUCUACUAAAACAUGUUGCCAUCUAGAGCUGAAGUAGAAGGAAGGGAAGUCUACUUAUGAACAAAUCGCAAUUGCACUCAAGUCUUUCCCUCUACUUCAAAUUGGCAAAUGUUGCGGCAAAAGCACUGAUUUUAGCCAGCUAUGCUAGCUCUAUUGAAAUCUUAAAUCCAAACAACAUAAUGUAUUACAUUACUUAGUGUAUUUAAUUUUCUGAGAUGAACAUCAAUUUCAUUAAUUUUGUCCUACGUUAACAUUGAAAAAAUUGUAGAAUAGUUCCUGCUACUCCCAUGCCAUAUUACCAUGUAGGUUUAUCUAUUGUAUCGGCCCUUCUGGAGCGCAGAACAGACAUAGAUAGUUUCACUGAGAUGGCGCAAUUGAUAAAUGUUGCCAUUUUUCAUUUUGUUUCUGUGGGAACAGGAUUCAUUUCAGCCUAUUUUCAGGCUCUCAUUCUGUCGCUGCAUCAACUAGUUCCUUAUCGGGGGAAAUUUUAGCAAGUUUGCAGCAAUAUCAGCUUUGUAUAUGAAUUUUUUUUUUAAAGAAGAUCUAUCAAAGAAUCAGUAAACAUGUUAUUAAAAAGAAGUUUCCACAGUUGUUAUACUAAUGUGUAAGUGAUCAGAGAGAAGGCUCUUGUCAAAUAUUCAGUUGCCAAUAGUUCAUGAAUAUGUUUCAUAAAUUGAAUCCUGUGAUUUAUAAUAAGUUAAGAUUAAGUUGUAUGUACCUUUAUUUAGUGCUGUAGUUACGAUGUAAUUGAUUCUCUUUUUUUCCCUCUUCCAUUUUCUUUUUUUAAGAAUUUGAGUGAGUUCCUUGCUGAAGCAAACCUAAAUUUGUGACAUCAAGGUUAUACUUCAUAUAUUUUCUUUUCUUUUUUACGAUCUUUUUAGAUUGAUAUUCAUAGGUCCAUCACGGAUUUGAAAUGCAUACCAUUGUUCUCUUUACACUGGCACAGCUGGAGACAUUGCUAGAAUGUAAAAUGUGAAUACAACCCCAGAAAUAUUAUGACUGAAUAAGACUGAGGUCUGCAAACCUUUAAAAGUAAGAUCCCAAAUAUAGUGACCAGUUUUUUCCGUCCACUACCUGUGCCUUAAGUAAUUUGGCCACUGAAUCGCCACUGGAGAAUACGAGUGACAUUGAAAUGAUGCUUUACAAGCGUCUCAGUUCGAAUUUUCACUUCCUGACUUUUUUUCUGUAAAUCUGGGAAAAAACUUUCAACCGUAACAAAUUCAACUAUCUUUGAUUUCAAAAUGUAUCGCAGGAUUUAUUACAUAAUUGAUGAUUACUAGUUUUUUAGGUGUUGUAAAUUCUACUCCUGAAUUUUUUUAAAUAUUUUCCCCUCCUUAUUAACUACAUAUUGUAUUACUGUUAUUUGUCCCUCCUUCCUCAACAUAUGAUUCAGAGUUAUUGAAGUUGUCUGAAGCAAAAAUAGAAUAUUGUUGAACAAAAUACUACAGCUCCCGUUAAGUGAGGCAUGAUGAUAGUAUUUCUUCAGCAUUCCUUGAAAAAAUUUAUUUAUACCAGUUUUAUUUGUAAAAGUGGCAUUACAUAUCAUUUUUGUGAACUCAAGCUCGUAUUGUAAGCCAACAAGAACACCAAAUAGCGUUAAUCGCCAAUGAGAGAGCAGUUAUUUUUUCCAAUUUCUUGCAUUUUCUCAAUGUGAAACUAUCUAGGCAAUGUUACUUUCAACAAGUACUUCAACAAUAAAUUUUCGAGCAUGUGCACGCCUAGAUAAGGUGAAAGUUGUGACAUUACCUAAGCAGUGCUAUCAGACUGUGUUAAGGAUGGAUGGUUCCGUUGUUCAGAGCUCAGAUAUCUAGCUUUACCCUCGUUGUCAAUAAAUAUGUUUUGAAUAGAAUGUUUGAAAAUACCAUUAACAUUAAUCAGAUGCCGUGUAAAUGCUCUUCAUUACAAAAGAAACCCCUAGUGAUAAGAGCCCCGUUGCUCCAGUAGACAACCAAGUAAUACAGCCAACAAUGCUGAGUAGAAAUCACUUCCCUCAAACAAUUUUACGGAUCAUAAACAUGCAAACCAGCAAAAACUGUAACGAUUCAAUCUGUUUCCCCCCUUGUUCAAUCCAUGCUAAUCUCAGUUUAAGGAAUUCUUUGUUUGUGUUGAUAUUAUGUGAAAUUUUGAAGGGGAAAACCUCAUAGGUGAAGCAUUCUUUUCCUUAGGUAUACCUUGUCUCGUGGUCCAUCAUAUAUUGAAGAAUGUAGCAUGUGUGCUCUCUUUUAUUUUUGUUGACUUAGAUCAAAUUAGUUCCUACUUCUGUAAUCUCUGAGAAAACUCCAUUGCUUCUCAAGGAGACUGCGUGCAUUUUCAGCAAAAUUUGACACAAAACUGUUUAUUUUAGAAGAAAAAAGUUUAGUGGUUGUGAGGUUGGCUAAUUCUGUGCAAGUGCUGUCGUCUUUUAUUGCGACAGGUCUGAGGUUUAUUAUUACUAUCAGCAAGGAUUAAUUAUUUUCACUAUCGUAAAUAAUUAUUAUUAUUUAUAAAAAAUUCAUUUAUUUUACGUUACUGAUUGUAAAUGAUGAAGUAUUCUUCCAUCAAGAGUACAAGGGUUUGGACUCACUUUUCUUUCCUUUUCAUUGACCAUAAAAGGAAGUUUAAGUCUCCUAUGAGUUUAACCCGAGGAAAGAAUCUUCGGAGCUUUAUGUAGAGACCUUUCUACAGUCCUGCUUCAUAUGGAGAGCAUUAUCAAAAUAAAGGUGAAUUUUAUUCUUUUUAUGUUACAGUUUGGACAUUCCGGUAAAACUUUUUUAUUUUUAUAUAAUUUCUUCUAAAGUUUUCAAUUUUCUCGUCAGGUAACAAAUUUAUAUUUAGUUGAUUCUUUUUAUAUUUAUGCUCAUUUUAUAUGUAUUUUACCAAAACAGAAUUUGUUAGGAAAAAAAAAAAUUUAUUUCGUUUAGUACUUUUUCUUAGCAAUAAUCAUUGCUUGUGUUGGUUUUGUUUUCUCAUGUAGAAGGAAAGAUUCUUACUUUCCUUUUAAUACUACUGUUCUCUUAUUUUGUUAUUUUUUAUCGCCGUCAGGAGGGACACUAACUACCAAGUGUUCAACCUCAAUCAUAGUUGAAUUAAGUUUGGCUCUUUUAGAAAGAACCCUUCAAAACUUUUAAACCUUUAUGGAAGUUUUUGUGAAUUUCAUGACCCUCAUUGCAAAAAAAAUUAGUACUUCGAAGUGUCAUGAGGUGUUUCAAGACAUUAUUUGCCAUUGAUAUUUAUCUUAAAUAAUUAUUACCUUAUAGCUCUCCAUACCUCAUCAAAAUAUCAAAGUGUAAUACUUAAUGGGAUGGGAAACCGUUUUUUGUGAUGAACAUUGUAUAAAACUGACUGAUAAAUCUAAAAAGGGAAGGGUUAGAAGUAGUUGUUGCCAAGCUGGAGAUACAUUGCACAGAACAAGUUAGCCCCAGUAUGGUAUGAGAUUUACACUUGAACCUAUUACUCACGCACCUGAACAACCUAUGGAUAUCUGCUCAUCAUGGCACUGUUCUAUUGCAGCUAAAGAAAAUUUGUGAGAAAUUUCAGCGCAGCUGCAGGAAAUUCUGACAUGCAUCCGUCUAAUAACUGUACCUUAGGAAUUUGCAACACCAUCUGCAUCCAGAAAGAAAGAAGGCCACUACAUCUAACCUUUCUCUUGCAAGUGUAAAUGUCGAUUACUCGUAAUCUUUUAUGCAAUUUAGCUCUCUAUUUUUUUCUACUGUAAUGUAAUUCUAAUAUUUUAUUAAUAAUUUUUUUUUUUUUGCUAAGAAAUAGGUAUGCCAUUUCAAGUUCAUGAUUUUCAUCGGUGUUAUUUUCAUUUUAAAAGUUGAUUGUUUUGUAUUUUCUUUUUGUUUUGUGGCUCUAUGUUUUUUGUUUUGAACAAAUGAAUGAAGAAAAGAGAUGAGUGAGAAAUAAGUGGGAAAUGUAUAGUAUUAAGAAAGUAAUGCGUAGAAUCAAACUGAUUUGAAGCUCGUCAAUUCUAUCAGACAGUUCAUCUUAUAGAACAUGGGAAAUUGCUCAGUCAAAAUCCCAUCUUAGAAACAUGUAUGACCAAAUUUUUAGGCUCCCCAAAGCCUGUAAAAUAUAAAAAAUACAAGUAAAAUUGUGCCAAUCAGUGCUGAAACGAUUAAACAUGUUCUCAUUUCUAAAAUUA